AUGACGCUCAAUUGGGCUGAAGGACCUUCGAGUGUAUCACAGGAUAUUUAUCUUAUAGCUGUGGAAUCUGUUCAUCCAGAACUUGAUGAUGAACAAACCUUUUGGACGCCAGGCAAAGCCGUCGCCAUCACUUGUAUGGGUGUGGCCUUGUUGGCUGGCCUGGCGGUAGCUGCUUACCGAAAAUACCAGCAAAAAGGAAAGUACAUUCACGGACUGGAAAAAGAUCUGGAAUCGCAACGAACCGAGGUGGCCAGACUGAGAGAUCGUCUGGAAACGCAAGAAGAACGACAUGCAAAGACAGAGGAACACCUAGACGAGAUGACCCGAGACAUUCAAUUGUUGGAACACCAGCGAGGACGUUUGGAGGCUGAGAAACAGAUGCUGGAAGAGUUUCUGGAAAAGAGUAAGCUCCAGGAAAGUGAAAUGGAACGUCUCUUGAAAGGAGCUAGGGAGCAGAACGAGUUUCUGCAAAAUGAAAUUGUGGAGAAAAAUCUUAUGAUUGAACGGAACGCAGUUGAAAGAAAAGAAAUGGAAAGUCGUUUGGAAGAAGAAAAGAAAGCAAGAGACAGAGAAAUCGAGACAUUGGAAAAGGAGCUGAGAAGUCGUUUCCAGGACACGAUGGUGACGAAGGAGAGAGAGCUGGAAAGCGCUCUGAAGGAGGGAACCGAGCUCUCCUUGAGAUUAAAGGAAUCUGAAGCCACCAAUCGAGUGUUGGCUUCGGAGAACAAAUACUUCAAGACGGCCAAUGACGAACUGAGAGAAGCUCUGGAAGAGAAAGAGAAAGAGGGCGACCAUCUGAAGAAUUCGAAAGAAGCUUUUACACGAGAAAUUGCUGGGCUACGACAGAAGAAUGCCGAUCUCCAGAAGCAAAUCGAAAAUGGAGAGGAAAAUAAAAACAUUUUGAAUGAAGAAGUUCAGCAGAUGAGAAAUUGGGUAGCUGAACUAGGAGGUCAGAAUGCCAAGAUGGAGGAGGAAUUGGCUCAUAAAGAACUGGAAGCAAAGUCGACGAAGAAUUCUCUAGAAAAUGCAGAAGAAAAUAACAAAAUUUUAAAUGAAGAGGUUCAGCAGAUGAAAAAUUGGAUAGCUGAACUAGGAGGACAAAAUGCCAAGAUGGAGGAGGAAUUGGCCCGUAAAGAACUGGAAGUAAAGUCGAUGGAGAAUUCUCUAGAAAAUGCAGAAGAAAAGAACAAACUUUUAAAUGGAGAGGUUCAGCAGAUGAAAAAUUGGGUAGCUGAACUAGGAGGACAAAAUGCCAAGAUGGAGGAGGAAUUGGCCUGUAAAGAACUGGAAGUAAAGUCGAUGGAGAAUUCUCUAGAAAAUGCAGAAGAAAAGAACAACAUUUUAAAUGAAGAGGUUCAGCAGAUGAGAAACUGGGUAGCUGAACUAGGAGGUCAAAAUGCCAAGAUGGAGGAGGAAUUGGCCAAUAACGAACAUGAAAUAAACUCACUAAAGAAUUCUUUAGAAAAUGGAGAAGAAGUGAACAAAAUCUUAAAUGGAGAAGUUCAGCAGAUGAGAAAUUGGGUAGCUGAACUAGGAGGGAAAAAGGCCAAGUUGGAAGAAGAGUUACGUAAUAAAGAACAGGAAGUAAAUUUACUGAAAGCAGAAGCUCAGCUGAUUAGAAACUGGAUAGCUGAAGUCGAAGGUGAAAAGGCUGAAAUGAAGGAAGAGUUAGCUAAGAGGGACCAGCAAGUGACUCUACUGAUGAACUGUUUAGAAAAUGAAGGAGAGAAAAACAGACUUCUGAAUGAAGAACUCGAGCAGAUGAAGAUGCGGCUGGCUCAAUUGGAAGCCAUGAAUUCAGAUAUUAAGGGUGUAUUGACCCAAAAAGAAAAAGACAUUAUGUCCAUGGCUAAUGCUCUAGAAACCGAAAAAGAGAGGAAUAAAGAAUUAAGGAAAAACUUGCUGAAGCAACUUGAAAGACUUGAUCACAUAGUAUCAUUGACCUGA